CAUAUCUAAUCCAAUUUAAUCAGCCGGGUGUCUAUUUAUAACUGAAAUAGAAUUAUAUAAAUAUUAGAGAUAAUACGAUACAUGAUCAUUCCUCAACGGCAGUAUACGGUGAUUUGAACAUUUUAUAUUGCAGAUUCAAAAUAAUAUCUUAAUAUGGCAAACCAAGUUAAGGUAGGAAUUAUAAGCGGUUCAGGUCUGGGUGACUGUCUGCACAAAACAUUCAAAUGUAACAACAUUGUACGUCGUGCGAAUGCAAAAAAUGACUUUGGAUAUCCUUCUAGUGAUCUUUACUGUGGAUCUAUUGAUGGAAUAAAUAUAGUAUUAUUAUCCAGACAUGGCGAAGGACAUAAGAUAAAUCCUACUGGAGUUAAUUACCGUGCUAAUAUAGAAGCAUUGCGACUUGCUGAAUGUACCCAUGUAUUGGCAUCUUCUGCAUGUGGAUCAUUGACAGAAUCCAUCAGUAGAGGACAAUUAGUUGUGCCUGAUAGCUUUAUAGACAGAACUUUUGCCAGGAAAGUAACACUCUAUGAUGGAACAUCUGUUAAAUAUAAUGGGGUAUGUCAUAUACCAAUGGAGCCUGCAUUUGAUCCACGAACGUCAGAAAUCUUAAUACAAGCAGCAAAAAAAUUAGGAUAUAAUAUAAGAAAGGGUGGAACAAUAGUAACCAUUGAAGGACCACGCUUUUCCUCUAAAGCAGAAAGUAAUGCUUUACGUCUCUGGGGUGGACAUUUAGUUAGCAUGACUACAUGUCCAGAGGUAUAUUUGGCAAAAGAAGCAGGUCUUUUGUACGCAGUUAUAGCAAUGGCAACUGAUUAUGAUUGUUGGAGAGAUUGUGAGGAUAAUGUUCAUGCAGCUGAUGUCCUAGUUGUAUUCAAGCAAAAUGUUGAUAAGAUAACAAAUGUAUUACUAGAAACAGUAAAAAUUAUUGGUUCUGGAGAAUGGAAACAAGAUAUUCUUAAAUUGAAGGACCUAAUUGAAACCAGUAAUAUGUCGUCAAAAAAUUAAAGCUCCUAUUUACAAACUGAAAUAUAUUUUCAUAUAUAUACAUAUAUGUUAUAUACAUAAUCAUAAAAAAUAAUCAUUAGAGUGUAUAAAAGAUACAAAACUUUAUUAUAUACACAUUCCAUAUGCAUA